AACACUUCUGUGCCAUCGUUCAUCGUUUCCCCCUGAAACAGGGAUUGGAUUAAUUUUUGAUAGUUUGCAAAUCCUGCCGAGCUAUUAUUUGAGAUGUUGACAAUGCCACGUCUCUGAAGUCAGAAUUCAAGGGUAUUGAUCACUCUGGUUAUUGAUCACUCUGCUUUGUCGUUUCAGUGUUUGUGGUUGAUUGGUUGUAGCUCAAAAGCACCUAAAAUUGGGCUUGUUAAAGCUCAACUCAAGCCAACAGCGCCUUGGUCUUGAGUCAAGAACUGGCACGAAAUCGGUGAAACGCUUCAUCAAGGAGGCUAGUCUGAGGUGACAAAUGCAGCUGGCUCUCAAAGCCUGUAGGCCAGCCUAACUGGCCUACACUUAUCUCAAUUUGAUGUUCCUCCUCGACAAUCCCUAUAGGGCCUAUAGGCUAUAUUAUGUUUCCCCCUAUGAUAUGCAAGGAUAACAUUAUUAUUGUUAUUAUUAGCCUACAUUAGUAUCAUUAGCAUAAUCAUUGCCCUAUAUUCAGCAUGCAUUGCAUAGGCAUAAUGUUUUUUUUCUCACUUUUAUCCCAUGUUUGGACUAUUGGAUAUCGGCGUUUGUCAAAUAAUGAAAAGACAUGGCUAUAUCUGCAAAGGCUAGCCUAAACCCCGCAUUGGCUACUUCCGAAAAAUAACUAGUAGGCUAUACGCACUACUUAGGCCUAUGUCCCAAGCUACUAUAUUCCUAUGAGAUUAAUAUAAUAUUUUGUCCCAAAAUACUACGCUGAUGUGAUGACUUAGACUUUAGACAUGAGUAACGUCAUUAGCCUAGUUUCCAUUACAACGUUAAAAAUAAAUUAAAAUAAAAUCGAUCAUUUGCCGGAAUUCGACAAAGUACAAAAUAAUGCGAAAGGUCAGUGCUUGUAUUAGGCCUAAGUGAUGUAUUGCCCAAAAUAUAGCCUAAUUCUAGGAGGACAUAGCCCACAUUUAACAUUAUAAAUGCAUGCAUUUGUUAUUGCUUAGCCUAUAGACUGUCCUCACCUUGAACCAACUCUAAGAACAAGAACAUAUUACUCGUCUUUCUUUUUGCAUUUAGAAUUUGCGCAUUUUCAGGAUUAAUGGAAACUAUUGCUGGUGGUUAAAGUUGUGCGGCACGCACUCUUGGGAAAUUCAAAUUGACAGCGCGGCUAGAGUCGUCUUUGAGGCGGGUCGACAUCGCCUCAGGGGAGUGGGAGGAGGGCAAGCACAUGUUUGUUGUAGCAACAUGAGAGCAUACAUUCUGACUUGAGCAGGGAUUUCCAUCAGAUCACAGAGGUGAACUCUUCACACAUUGUAGACUGAUGAAAACAGAAAACAUCUCCCAGAUGGACGUCACCCCCUUAUAUAAGACUUGGAAUGAUGAAAUGUCUCCCCAAAGCCUUUCACCUGCGAGAUACUCUUCUUCACCUGUUUCUGAUCUGACUCUACUUUUCUACAGUCUUCACUGCCAGGAUACGAAUAUUCCAUGGAGACAUCUUCAGCAGACGCCAGACUCGCAUUCCCCCCCUGGAGCCCCGUACAAAAGACUGCUUCAGUUAGAGACGCCAACAGCCUUCUUAUUUCCAGUGAGGAACUCCACCAAAGAUAUUGAAAGCAGAGAGAGGUUUUCACCUGAAUACUCAGCUCCGAAACUGAAGAGAGUGCGUGUGAAGCUGUCAUCACGUUUUCCAAAAACAGUGAAUCAAGAGGUCAGUACUUUGGCCAAGGAGCAGCACGAAACUUCACCAGCAGAGGUCACACUCUCCCAAGAGGAGGAAGGCACAGCGGAGCCAGCGAAUGACAUGGCAUUGCUCUCCUUGGGCCGAGUCAGGUCCAAACACCAUCCCAACCGGAGUCAGAUUCUAGAAUCACUGAUAGGAAACCACCUUAUAGGAGACUUUAGCAAGAUGCAUGUUCUUCCCAUUGAAGAAGUGGAUCAAGAUCUUCAUUGUGUAUCAGCCAAUACAGUGGCUUCACUAUUGAAUGGGGAGUUCGAGUCAACAGUGGAGGAUUUCCUCAUCAUUGAUUGCCGCUACCCUUAUGAAUAUCUAGGAGGUCACAUUAAGGGUGCGGUGAACCUCCACACAGAAGCUCAGGUCCAGAAGGCUUUUCAUCAUGGCCUCACCCUUGGUCAGUUCUGCUGUCCGGCAGAGGAACAGAACUCCAGCUCUCCAGAGACAGGCCCAGGACCUCUAUCACCUUUGCAGAGCAAGUCACCAAGGAAGCUUUUGAUAUUUCACUGUGAAUUGUCUUCAGAGAGGGGACCACGGCUAUGUAAAUACUUGAGAAAACUGGACCGGAAUCUACACUCAUGUGUAUAUCCUCAUCUCUACCAUCCUGAGGUGUAUCUCUUACGUGGAGGCUACAAACAGUUCUUCUCAUGCUUUCCGGACUUUUGUGAGCCGAAGGGGUAUGUGCCAAUGCGUCAUCGGGACUUCAGAGAGCAACUCAAAGGAUUUAGACAGAAGAAGAAAACAGCUAGACGACGUCAAAACAUUUAAUCUUACCUACAACACCCAAAACAAGAACUGAUGAAACAACUUAUGUCUGGCUGAACAGUUGUUGGCUGUAAACAGAGACUAUGGGUUAAAAAUUAAGGAUUUAAAGAGUCUUAGUCUGCAAAUUUUC